GAUUUCAAGAAACCCAGUUGGAGAAGAGGGAAGGGAAAGUGAUCCUAUCAUCAAAAUCUUUCUUUCGAUUCAGAGCACGAACACCACGGCUCCACCCAUGAAGAAACAUUCAUCAUCUUCAAAUUCAAAACCCAUUUCAGUUCUUCCUUAUAAGACCCAGAACCUCAGGGAGCUUUACCAGAUCGGCCAGAAGCUAGGGCAAGGUCAGUUUGGAACCACAUACCUCUGUACAGAGAAGUCUACAGGUAAUCGAUAUGCCUGCAAAUCUAUACCCAAGAGGAAGCUUCUUUGCAUGGAGGAUUAUGAGGAUGUGUAUAGAGAGAUUAAGAUAAUGCACCACUUGUCUGAGCACCCUAACGUGGUGAGGAUCAAAGGGGCUUAUGAGGAUUCUUUGUUUAUUCAUUUGGUUAUGGAGCUUUGUGCUGGUGGGGAGCUCUUUGAUCGGAUUAUUCAAAAGGGGCAUUAUAGUGAAAGGCAGGCUGCACAGCUGAUCAAGACCAUUGUUGUGGUUGUGGAGGCUUGUCACUCUCUUGGUGUCAUGCAUAGAGACCUCAAGCCUGAGAACUUCUUGUUUGCUAAUUCUGAUGAGGAUGCUCCAAUGAAGGCCACCGAUUUUGGGCUUUCCAUGUUCUACAAACCAGGGGAUACUUUUUUUGAUGUCGUUGGAAGUCCAUAUUAUGUUGCACCUGAAGUGUUGAAGAAACAAUAUGGACCUGAAGCAGACGUAUGGAGUGCUGGAGUUAUUUUAUACAUCUUAUUAAGUGGUGUUCCACCUUUUUGGGCAGAGACUGAAUCAGGGAUCUUCAGGCAGAUUUUACAAGGGAAAUUAGAUUUUCAAUCUGAACCAUGGCCUGGAAUUUCAGAGAGUGCAAAAGAUCUGAUACGGAAGAUGCUUGAUAGGAACCCAAAGACAAGACUAACUGCCCAUGAAGUGCUCUGUCACCCAUGGAUUGUGGAUGACAGAGUUGCUCCAGAUAAACCUCUGGAUUCUGCAGUUUUAUCACGCUUGAAGCAAUUUUCUGCGAUGAACAAGCUUAAGAAGAUGGCUUUGCGCGUUAUAGCAGAAAGCCUGUCAGAGGAAGAAAUUGGGGGUUUAAAGGAGCUGUUCAAAAUGAUUGACACAGACAACAGUGGAACAAUUACUUUUGAUGAGCUAAAAGAAGGUUUAAAAAAAGUAGGCUCUGAACUCAUGGAGUCUGAGAUCAAGGCCCUUAUGGAGGCGGCUGACAUUGACAAUGAUGGAACGAUAGACUAUGGUGAAUUCCUUGCUGCUACCAUGCACAUGAACAAGAUGGAGAGAGAGGAGAAUUUGAUGUCUGCCUUUUCCUUUUUUGACAAAGAUGGUAGUGGUUCUAUAACCAUUGAUGAGCUACAGCAUGCUUGCAGGCAGUUUGGCCUGAGUGAAGUCCACCUGGAUGAGAUAAUCAAAGAAAUUGAUCAAGACAAUGAUGGGCAAAUAGAUUAUGGGGAGUUUGCUGCAAUGAUGAGGAAAGGCAAUGGAGGGAUUGGGAGGAGAACUAUGAGAGGCAAUUUGAACUUCAACUUGGGUGAUGCCUUCGGAGUAACAGAUUCGUGAUGUACGUUACUGGCUGACCUAGUGGGAUUCAGGGUCCAACCACAAAUGCAAGUAUAUUACGAAAAGCUCAGUUUGGAUCAUGGGGCUUCAAAUAACCAGAAAUUACCUUGAUUUGCAUAGAUCAGGUGGAGAGGCAUCGCCAUCUCGGGAAUUGUAUCCUUUAUCUCCAUGCUUAAUUCCCACAAUAAUUAAGAAUUGAGACCUUAACCUGAAGUUGUGGAGUUUUAUUUAUAUUUGAGAUAUGGAAUUUAGUGCCUUAAAUAGAAAUUCUAAUCUAUAAUCAUGUCAAAUCA